UUGAAUUCUCCUGUCAGAUCAUUAAAUUGACAUACUACACUGUGGUGUUGCACACCUGAUGCAACAGCUGCCAUGUAAUUUGAGAUGAGUCUAAAUAUUACAGUGAGCUAGUGUCAGAUGUUUCCAACACGGCAUGCAUGGAGACAGUAGCGUCAAUAUAAACGAGGCACUAUGUGCAUGUAGAUUUUUUGUUUUGCUUUAGGACCCCGCUGGAGUAUAAAGAUGUCAGUGAAAGCCAAAGCGAUCUACACUUUCCAAAGUGAGAACAAAGAGGAGAUCAGCAUCCAGGAGAACGAGGAACUGGUUAUCUUUGACGAGAACUCGGUGGACGGCUGGUUUCAGGGGGAGAACAGCCGGGGGGAGAAGGGUCUCUUCCCCGCAUCCUACGUUGAAGUUAUUCGCACGCGCUCAAACUCCAACGUGACUGACUGCUCUAUAAGCCCGGCAGGAUCUCUAGGAAACGACUCCUCUUAUUUCCCCCCGACCCCGAACACCUCUCUGCAUUUGCAGCAGAUUUACGAUGACGAUGACGAAGACGACUGGGACGAUUGGGACGACAGGUCGACAGUGGUGGACGGCGGGGACACCAGGAGCCCCGGGGCCAACGGGCAUGCCUAUCAGAGCCCCUUGUCCAACAACCCCAACGUGCACUACCGGGCCAAACCACACAUGGAGAGACAGGACAGCAUCUCCAGCUCAAGAAAAGGCAGCAUGGUGGGCCGGAACUUGAACAGGUUCUCCAGCUUCGUCCGCUCUGGUGUGGAAGCGUUUGUGUUGGGUGAUGUGCCCAUGAUGGCAAAGAUAGCUGAGUCCUACACCAUUGAGAUGGGUCCCGUGGGGCCCCUGUGGAAGGAGAGCCCUCAGCCUUUCUCCUGCUCCGUUGAGGACCCCACCAAACAGACGAAGUUCAAGGGCAUCAAGACGUACAUUUCGUACCGGGUCACGCCGAGCCACACGGAUCGCCCCGUCUACAGGCGCUACAAACACUUCGACUGGCUGUACAACCGCUUACUGCACAAGUUCACUGUGAUCUCCGUGCCCCACCUGCCCGAGAAGCAGGCCACGGGGCGAUUCGAGGAGGACUUCAUCGAGAAGCGCAAGAGACGGCUGAUACUGUGGAUGAACCACAUGACCAGCCACCCGGUCCUCUCCCAGUACGAGGGCUUCGAGCACUUUCUGAUGUGCGCCGACGACAAGCAGUGGAAACUGGGCAAGAGGCGGGCGGAGAAGGACGAGAUGGUGGGCGCCCAUUUCAUGCUGACCCUGCAGAUCCCCAACGAGCACCAGGACCUCCAGGAUGUGGAGGAGCGGAUCGACACCUUCAAGGCCUUCGCCAAGAAGAUGGACGACAGCGUGAUGCAGCUCACACAUGUGGCCUCGGAGCUGGUCCGUAAGCACCUGGGCGGUUUCAGGAAGGAGUUCCAGCGGCUGGGAAAUUCUUUCCAGUCCGUCAGCCAGGCGUUCAUGCUGGACCCGCCCCACAGCUCGGAGCCCCUCAACAAAGCCAUCUCCCAUACCGGCCGCACCUACGAGAACAUUGGAGAGAUGUUUGCAGAGCAACCUAAGUACGACCUCUUCCUCAUGCUGGACAAGCUGUCGCUCUACCAAGGCCUGCUCGCCAACUUCCCCGACAUUAUUCAUCUACAGAAAGGUGCCUUUGCCAAGGUGAAGGAGAGCCAGCGGAUGAGUGACGAAGGGAAGAUGGACCAGGACGAGGCCGACGGCAUUAGGAAACGCUGCCGGACGGUCGGGUUUGCCCUCCAAGCAGAGAUGAGCCACUUCCACCAGCAGAGAGAGGUGGACUUCAAAGACAUGAUGCAGGCCUACCUCACGGAGCAGAUCGCCUUUUACCAGCGGGUUGUCCAGCAACUGGAGCGCAGCCUGCGCAUGUACGACAGUCUGUAAAGACACCGAACUGCUGUCCAGUUCAAGAUGCCAAAAAAACACAAACAAGAGAGAAAGGAAGAUCCGCGUCUUGACUCUUUUAUCAAAGGCGUUUUGUGUUCGUCAUGUUUGGUUGAGUUGGAAAAGACUUGCAGAUAAAUUAAGCAAUAGUUACUGGAAAGAUGUACGAAGCCAGUCAGGCUUUCACUUUGAUGGAUUCAAAGUCACUUUUCUUUUAAGACCUACUGUACCUUUUUAUUCAUGAAAUACACAUCACAUAGGCAAUGUCACAGCAUAUUGUUUAUUUUACAUAAUUUAAUGUGUUUGUAACAUUUAAAUAAGAAUAUAGGUUUCAGAUUCAUAGCGAAUCUGUAGUUGAUUCUUCUAAAGUGGAAUACCAUGAAACGGGUCCUGUUUUGAAAUUGUCCCCUUCUCUCUAACUCCAUGCACUUUGGCUUCUAAUAUUCUGGUUUAUUUACCGAUAAACAAUCCAGUCACUGAUUUUUCUCCUCAGACAAUGAAAAGAUCGUAUUUCUGGCCAAACAAUUAAGUGCACUGCAUACUUAAGUGGACUAUCACCAUCAUCUUGUUGAGUGCUCAUCUUGCUCAGGUGUUCACUGCAUUGAAAUUGGUCACAAAUGUCUGUCUUAACCAUGUUGAAGACUUACUUAUAUCGCGUAAAUCAGCUUCGUUUUCUAGCGAUUUUCUCACAGUAAGUGCCUUUAAGGAUCUGAGGUAUUCUGAUGGAAUCUUUUUAAAUGGACAAUUUAUCUGUAGAAUGGCUUGUGUCUUAUUGGGGGAAUUAUUAUAAAUGAGUAACAUUUAGAAACAAGUUUGCACAUGUUUGACACACUAAUGGGUCUUAGUGUGUGUUUGUGUGUGUGUGUGUGUGUGUGUGUGUGUGUGUGUGUGUGUGUGUCUGGGGUGAUUAUGUGUGGGUGAGCGAGUGAAAUGAGACAACGACUGCGCUGUUCAAUUCCCUUUUUCACGUUGGAAAACUAAAAAAGAAUAUAUAUUCUUUUAUGUAGCAGAAGGUUUAUCUAGCCAAGUAGAACGAAACUGAAAGUCAGAUAGUUUGAGGUAUAUUUCGUGGUUUUGUGAGGCAGAAUAUCAAGUUGGUAAUUUAAUGUUUAAAACAUUUAGUUGACCCAAGACCAAAUUCUUCCAGUUAUUAGAGUUUUGUGUUGGGUCAUAAAACAGUACAAUUUAAUGUUAUAUACAUUUUUUUAAAACAACAUCUAAUGCAAAAAUAAAACUACAUUAUACAAUUUAGAUCAUCUCAAUGUAGCCAUAACAACU